CCUCCCAGCAUUCUUUGGAAACAUGGCGACUGUGUUGAAGAUGAUGAUGUGAUACAGUACUUUGAGGAUGAUUUGACCAAUUGUUCUGCUCCGGGACGAUUUACAAACACACGUGACAGUUGUCAGAGGUAUUUCUCGAAUUGCCUGGUAUAAUUCAGUUCGGAUAUUACCCAGACGGCUCUGUAUUUUACCAUCGGCAUUCCGUCCCGCAAAAUGAUCAAUGAAUCAGAGAGAUCCAGUUGGUCGCCAACACGAAACGAAUAAUUUAUUCUCACUUUGAUAGUUGUCAUAAUAGUUAAGAAGGGAUUUACGAACAUUCUCUUGUAUCCCUAGUUAUUCCAGAAAGGAGAUAAAAAUGGCUGCAGACGAAACAAUCAAAGUUGUUUGCCGAGUACGACCCUUGAACUCGGCAGAGGAGAAGGCUGGGAGCAAAUUCGUCUUGAAAUUUCCAACAGACGACUCCAUAGCUGUAUCCAACAAAGUGUUCGUGUUUGACAAGAUCCUCAAGCCUAAUGUAACCCAGGAGCAUGUAUACAAUGUUUCAGCUAAACCCAUUGUUGCAGAUGUACUCAGCGGCUACAAUGGAACCAUCUUCGCCUACGGACAGACAUCCAGUGGCAAGACACACACCAUGGAGGGUGUCUUGGGACAUUCUCAGAUGCAAGGUAUCAUCCCUCGCAUCAUCGCCGACAUCUUCAACUACAUCUACGGCAUGGAUGAGAACCUUGAGUUCCAUAUCAAGGUGUCAUAUUUUGAAAUUUAUAUGGAUAAAAUCAGGGAUUUACUUGACAUAACAAAGACCAACCUAUCUGUCCAUGAAGAUAAAAACAAAACUCCAUAUGUAAAGGGCUGCACAGAGCGGUUUGUGUCCAGUCCGGAGGAAGUGAUGGAGGUUAUAGAUGACGGAAAGUCCAAUAGACAUGUUGCUGUAACUAAUAUGAAUGAGCAUAGCUCAAGAAGCCACAGUGUGUUCCUGAUUCAUGUAAAACAAGAAAAUGUAGAGACGGAGAAGAAACUACAUGGAAAACUAUAUCUGGUCGACUUGGCUGGCAGUGAAAAAGUUAGCAAAACUGGCGCUGAGGGAGCAGUACUGGAUGAAGCGAAGAAUAUAAACAAGUCCCUGUCCGCUUUAGGAAAUGUAAUCUCAGCUCUAGCUGAUGGAGUGAAAUCUCACGUCCCAUACAGAGACAGUAAGUUGACCCGAAUCCUGCAGGAGAGUUUGGGAGGCAACGCUAGGACCACCAUGAUCAUCUGCUGCUCCCCCGCAUCCUACAAUGAGUCGGAGACCAAGUCCACGCUGCUCUUUGGUCAGAGGGCCAAGACAAUCAAGAAUGUGGUGUCAGUGAACGAGGAGCUAACAGCUGAUGAGUGGAAGAGGCGCUAUGAGAAGGAGAAAGAGAAGAACGCCAAACUGAAGGGCAUUAUUGAGAAGCUGCAGGCUGAACUCAAUAUGUGGAGGAGUGGUAAGGAGGUUCCUGCAGAUGAACAGAUGGACAUGAAGUCGGCUGACACCUCUGUGAUGGAGGAAGCACCUCCACCACCACCUCCUUCACUGGCCGCCUUCUCCAUGAAUGAUGCAGACAAGCUACAGUUGGAGGAGGCUAAGCUGGCCCUGUACAAGCAGAUGGACGAUAAGGAUGAGGAGAUCAACAACCAGUCGCAGCUCAUCGAGAAACUGAAGGAGCAGAUGCUGGAACAGGAGGAUUUGAUCACUGCCUCACGUUCCGACUACGAGAAGCUGCAGCAGGAGAUGGCUCGCAUCCAGGGAGACAAUGAGUCGGCCAAGGACGAGGUGAAGGAGGUGCUCCAGGCCCUGGAGGAGCUGGCCAUGAACUAUGACCAGAAGUCUCAGGAGGUGGACAACAAGAACAGUGACAUCGAGGGACUCACUGAGGAACUCAACCAGACAGUGAGCACCUUGAACUCAGUCCAGUCGGAGCUGGAGACACUGAAGGACUCGAGUCUCCACCAGAAGAAGAGAGUCACCGAGAUGAUGCUGUCGCUCCUCAAGGACCUGGGAGACAUCGGCUCCGUCAUCGGAGGUAGCGCCGCUGAGUCAAAGCCGGCCGUGGGUGGCAGUGAGAAGAUUGAGGAGGAGUUCACUGUGGCGCGUCUCUAUAUCAGCAAGAUGAAGUCCGAGGUGAAGACCCUGGUGAACAGGUCUCAGAACUUGGAGUCGUUGCAGGCCGACUCGUCCAAGAAGCUUGAUGAAGCAGAGAAAGACUUAUCUGAGUGUAAACUCAAAAUUCAGCAGCACGAGGCUAAGAUGUCCACUCUCACAGAGACCAUCCAGGACAUCGAGUCCAAGAAACGGGAGCUGCAGAAUAAUGUGGACUCUCUCAAUGAGGAGGUGGCCAAGUUGAAGGCACAGGAACAAAUACACCAGACGUCCCUGUCCCAGGUGGAGAAGGAGACGACCGACAAGCUGCAGUCCGAGGUGAAGAUGAAGGAGGCUCUGGAGAGUCAGAUGGAGGCCCACCGAGAACAGCAUCAGAAGCAGCUCAACUCCCUCCGGGACGAGAUCACAUCCAAACAGGGGAUCAUCGACAACCUCAAGGAAACCAACCAGAAGCUGACCCUGGCCCUGGAGAAGCUCCAGGCCGACUACGACAAGCUCAAGUCCGAGGAGGCUGACAAGACCAGUAGGCUGUCCGAGAUCUCGCUACAGAUGGACCGCCGAGAACAGGCCAAGCAGGAUCUCAAGGGGCUUGAGGAAACUGUUGCCAAGGAGCUCCAGACCCUGCACAAUCUGCGCAAGCUGUUUGUCCAGGAUCUCCAGAACAGAGUCAAGAAGCUAAGUUCACAAGGAUCAGGGUCUGCCAACAAGAAGGAGGAGGAAGAGGAGGAAGACACAAGUGGCAGCGCUGCCCAGAAGCAGAAGAUCUCCUUCCUGGAGAACAACCUGGAACAACUCACCAAAGUCCACAAACAGUUGGUGCGCGACAAUGCAGAUCUCCGCUGUGAGCUUCCCAAGUUGGAGAAGAGACUGAGAGCAACCAUGGAGAGAGUUAAGUCUCUUGAAACAGCUCUCAAGGAGGCGAAGGAAGGAGCCAUGAGAGACAGGAAGAGCUGUUAUUCGUGUUGCAGAUACCAGAUGGAGGUGGACCGCAUCAAGGAGGCUGUGAGGCAGAGGAACCUCGCCAGGCGUGGACAUGCAGCACAAAUCGCCAAGCCCAUCCGCCCCGGCCAGCACCAGGGAGGUUCCCCGGCAGGCCCCGUGGCAAUCAGGGGAGGGGGCAUGCCUCACAACGGUCCUACACCCAUCAAAGCAGAAGCAUCAGCAUAAAGAGUGCCUGUGUUGGGAGCAGGAGACUGGAGUAGUGCGAGUCAGGCCAUUCAGGAGGUAGAACCCACACACCAACAUGGGACUGUUUUCCUCUCACUAGCAUUCCGCAGCUUGUAGGGUGUCGCUACCUUAUAGCACCACAUCAUGCAUCGCGCUGGACAGUGUCCGCAAACCGGCAUCGCGCUGGACAGUGUCGGCAAACAGGCAUUGUCAGGUUUCAGUGACAAGUGGAUUGAUAUAUCACGACACUAUUUCUGCAUUUACUUUGUACUGAUAUUGGGCAUAUUAGAUGGAAUGGAUGGUUAUUGAGUGCUGGAAACUUUCCAGAGUUUGCUGUGGGCUGGUCUUGCUGCUUCAGAUUCAGAGCUUGGUGCAAUGGCUGAAACCAAGAUUCUGGAAGCAUGUUCCUAUGUUGGAAUUGCCAGUUGAAACUGACCAAGGACAUGGUGCAGCAUAGCUGACAAUUGUAAAAGGAUUCCCUCUUGAAAUAGUCAACCGAUAAGCUCCUGAAGAUAGGAUGUGAAAGUGGAUACCAUGGGACACACUGUUCCCUUUCGGAACUGUUCAAGGCUGAAGAGUCUUGUGUUCGAUUGGAUCAUAGCCCGAAGGUGAUUCUUUGAUGGACAAUGUUUGUGAUUGGUUGUAUUAAUCUCUGUGUAUGUAGAGCUGGUAUUUAGGCAAUGAGAUGACUGCAGUGUAUAUUAUUGGAUUGUAGAUGUUCUGCAAUUAUGCUCUUCAUCAUGGUGUCCAUGUUAUCGAUAUUAUAACCAUGCUUUGCCCGUAUGCCAAUCAGGCAUGAGUGUUCAUUGGGUGAUUUUACCAGAAAUGGCUUUUUCAUGUAUCCAGUUGUUGCUGACUUCAAGGUCACCAAGGUGAAUGAAUAACCUUGACCUCAGUUCUAAAGGUCAUUCAUGCAAUGUUGAUGGAGUAAACUUGACCUUCGUUCUAAAGGUCACUCGUGCAAUUUUGAUUGAGUAACCUUGAACUUAGUUUUAAAGAUCAUUCAUGCCCAGAUUCAGCUAUGUAAAACUGGCACGAAUGGUGAUCGGCAUAUACAUUUUAGGAUCUAAAACAAAUUGUUUUCAAUAUGUCAUCCAUGAAAUAUGAAGAUAAUCCUUGAUAACAUUUGUGCUUGAAGUCAUAGGUCAGCAUUUCUCAGAGGGCAUCCUUUUACUUAUAUACACCAAUUCAGUGACGAGGAUUCUUGCGAGUAAGAAGACCGGUGUUGACAAGUGACACCAACAGGAACUGAAGUGAAAAAGUGGCUGUUUGAGGCCAGAGGUGCUGAUGUCCAUUUGAUCAGCGAUACAUGUUGGGGGUAUAAACAUUGAUACCGGAUCCAUUGCUGUUUGACAAGUUAUGUGAAUGGUGCAUUGCUGUUCCAAAUGUGGUUGCUGGUAGCGACACCCACAGUUUAGUAGGCGUCAUUGUGUACAUUGUUCAUCCUGCGCUAUGUGUCUUAUAAUGCUGACUGGGUAUUUUCAUGUUGUUUUACAAACACAGGUACUAGUGCAUCAAUACAAACAGUCGUGAUGUCGGCAACAUUGACCAGGUUCCGACAGAACCAAGCAUCUAUUGGAUGAAACCAAGUUAGAAAUUGAUAAAAAUUCUAUAUUUAUAUUUUGGGAAGUAAUAAACAAAUUGGAACACUUCCAAGAUGUUGGCUCAAGGUAGAAAAACUCUCUACUGAAGAAAAAAGAGUUAGGGUCAUGAUUUUUUUGUAUUGAAGACAAGUACACAAUUUCAUAAAAAUAUCCCCCAAAAUUUUCAUGAUGCCUAACUUUUUUUGUUCAGUAUACUUGCAGAUAUUGAUGAGGUUUUUAAUCGGUAAUGCAAACUUUAAAUUUGACUUUGAUAUUUAAUAACUGUUUGUGCUUUUACACCAUGUACACAGAUGACAGUUUUACAGCGUUAUCUCUUACUCCUUUAUUUAAUGUGAACAGUCUGGUUGUAUUGACUGCUGAGUUGUUGACAAGUUGUUUUAUUUAUUUCAGUUGUGUAUAAUUAAGAAUUUAAGCAGCAAAAUAUGACAAGUACAACCACAGGCUUUAAGUGAUGAGAAAAUCAGGACUGAUUCUUGAACUGGAAGUCCAGUUUAUGCUGUUUUCCUGUGCCCAGCUGGAGAAGGGGUGAUCCUCUUCACUUUCGAAUACAGCUGGACCCGUGUUAAUUCUUUCAGGAAUGAUUUGCCAAAGAAAAGGUUGAACACUUGAUACGUACAUGCUGAUGUUGUGAUAGGGAGUGAGUGCAUGGCAUUGGUGCAACACGAUUUCUUUCGAUGAAUUGGAAAGGAUUAACUUUAGGGAGUAACAGGAACAGCAUAUUCAAAUGUCAUUAAAUCUGCAUCUUCCUGAGACAAAGGAGUUAACUGACUAUAAAAGUCCAGUUUCCACCCUUGGUGAACUAGGCUGGAAUCCUGGAGUUACAUUUGGCUGGACUAACGAGUCUAUGCAACGUCCAAUCCAAAUCGCGCAAUGAAGUAGACAUCCUGUUCGUAAACAACAUGGAUUUUAACCUGCAGAUUUCGAUCAACUGCAGGAUUUUCAAAGCACAUGUACUGUCAACUUGGCGUUGACAGAUAUUUUCCAAAACUUGUCAUGUUUUUGAGGUGCUCAAAUGAUUUAAUGCACUUGGUGAGAUAAGGCCCAUUUUAUUAUGAUAUAGAUCUUGAUUAUCGAUCAGAUUGUUUUGAUUGGGUGCCACCAUUUUGUUUGAAGCGAAUGCAAGUGACAUGAGGGGUGGAAUCUGAUUGGUCAAGAAGAGGGACAUAACUCAAAUAGCCACUGGUGGCACGACAAUCGAGCCACGAAAUUCCAGCAUAUAGCUGUCAAGGUUGGAAACUGGACUUAAGUUGUCAGUUAACACACUUGCCCCAUGAAGAUACUGAAGCUGAUUUGAUGAGCAAAUUUAGCACAUUUCUCUUAAAAUUGGUUCUUUUUCAUGUGGAGAUUUGACACACUUUGUUCAAUAUCUGAAUUUUAAACAAAUAAAAUGUUCCAAUUGAACUAAUCCUCUGACUUUGACAAGAGUAAGUGUAGUUCAUUUCUUUUAAUAUUGAUUCUAUUUCGUGUGGAGAUUUUGAAACAAAUUCAGCAUCUGAAUGGUAAACAAAUGUUAUGACCGAAACUAAUCGUUUUAUAUUCUGAUGGAAAUGGCUUGUGAUAUUGUGAUGUGUUGUGUGGACUAAAAACAUCCCACAAAACCGGCAGUGAAGAAAAUUCUGAAUGAAGAGCUCCUAUGAAGACAAAACCACUCGUUGUUGAUUGUGCUUUCUGCAGUAUAACCAUGUCACUGUGUGUGUUGUUACAGAAAUCAGGAUCUUGUCACUGUUUAUGAAUUCUACAGAUCUUUACCUGUUGAUGGCCCAAGAACUUCGAGGGCAUUCUUUGUAAUGUAAGGUGGUAUGGAUGAGACUUGAACUAUUUAUGUGUAUGUUUGAAUAUGGUAUGCAUACUUCCUCCAAGUUAGUGACGGUGGGAUUCGCUUGAAUUGUUUUAAUUUCAUGAUUUGAUCAGCCCCUGGACGUUGUGGAGUCCGAGGUGUGCUGUGAUCGAGAGAUUCUCUUUUCCAUCUUGUUCUGUUUCACCUUUGAAUUGUUUAGGGAGUAUGACAUGGGAACGUUUCUGGACAGUCAGCUUACUGCUGUUUUAUUCCGAGUGCAAUUGACUGUUUUGUCCAUCACCUCAGAAAUAUUCAUUAUCACUUAUUCAGUAAGAUGUGUAGUCAGAUAAAAGAUUUUUCCGUAUCCCAAUAAAAUUUGUUCUAGUGUUAUUUCUCUGCAAAUAUUACAAUAUAAGUCACCCGAAAAUGGGCAAAAAAAAAUAUAUUAUUCCUCCUAUGUCAUUAAGACAUCAGAGCACAAUUUAAAAUCUAUAUCCAACCAAAUUUGAAUUUUCUAAAAUUCAGCAUCUUCAUCCUCUAUAACAAGUGAUGGAGGUUGCUGAGGAGGAACAUGGAGAGCCCAAUUGUCAGACAUGUUUUGUUUUGUGUAUGAGGCAGGGUCUAUCCCCUACAAAAGCUGACAUCUUGAUCUCAAAGCUUUUGAUACACCUUCUCAAAACUGAUUUUGUUUCUGAUAUAAUUUUGAUGAUUCAGCUUCUAUCCCAUACAUAAGCUGACGUCUUUAAGCUACUUUCCCCAAACAUGUCUUGUUUCUGUGUGACUGAAGACCUGAAAGCUUGGACCAUCCAGAAAUGUUCCAUAUGUCAGAGGCUGGUUCAGAUGCUGAGUGUGAAAACAAUGGGUGUUGCCGUGAUGAAAUUUGCUUGUUAUCAUAUUGACUGUUUUCAUCAUGAUUCAAUAAGUCUUUCAUGACAAUGUUUUGUAGUUUAUUAUUGUACGAUUUCCAACCUAUUUCCAUUAUUGAAACAAGCGCUUAUACAUAUUCGACAAUAUAUUGUAAUUUAAUUUAUUAUGAUAGUAAUCCAAGCAGGUAGUAUUGUGGAAUGCUUCCUAAUUUUGUUCUGUUUUAGUAAACUGUACAUAGUCAAUUGACAUUUUCAUGUUAUCUGUAGUUGAGGUAUGGUGGCUGGGCCUACAGAAGGCCAUUGUGUACAUAGAUAUUGGAGGCUUUUACUCUUGGCAGUGGAAUCAUAGAGGCGAGGUGGUAAGCUUGCAGAAUUAAAACACAAAUUACAACAUGCAUUCUUUGGGUACAACAUGCUGAGACAAAAUUUCUGAAAUUACAGUAGUUGAAAAUCGUGGGUGAGUUUCUAGCGAGGGAAUAGUCGUAGGGCCCACCACCAUUAGUUGUGUCAAUGUCUAGUCCACACUGUGUCGUGUCCUGCCACUCUAGGUGCACAGUAUACUGCAUUUGACGACUAGUACCACUGUAUUUUACUGUAUAGCUGGCCUGCCAGCUUCUUCAAUCAUGUGUGCUACAAGCUUAAUCUGUAAGUGUGAUUUGGCUCGUGGCUUAGCUGCAAUAUCCGUGAUGUAUAAAACACUAUGUAUGCUCGUUUCUGCACAAAUAAAACACUUACUCUACUC